AUGAAGAAGCUGCUCGCGCGCCUGGACAGCGUUGAGCAGGAAGCUGCAGCCCUUCGUCUAUCGAUUGCAGCGCUGGCCACUGGCCAUCUCCAAUACACCUCGGACUCGAUUCGUUCCAUUUCAGACUAUUCGGGCGGCUCCCUGGUGGAGCAGCUCUCGCCCCACAAACAGCCCCGCUUGACGUAUGAAGCUGUGCGCUCCCCGUCCGGCCUGGAGGUCGACGUCCGUGAAAAGGCAACCUCGGUCCGGGGCCAUUCACCAGCGAGCACCUUUGCCUCCACUGCACUUCCUGGUCAAGCAAGCUUUCUCAGAGUCAAGUGCGGCGAGGUGACCUGUCUUCUUCCUCCCCACGCGACUCACCAGCGUUACCUCGACUUCUUCUUUACCUACCUCAGCCCGUUCCACCCUUGCCUGAAUGAAACCCACUUUCGAAACCGCUGUGAACGCCUCUACAAGGAAGCGUUUUCCGAUCCCAAUGACGAUCUGCCGAUCCUCCGGUCCACGGCUGCCUUGUUCUUGGCUCUCCUGUUCUCAGUUUACGCCUGUGUGGAUGUUCUCCGGCUGCCGCCGACUACUCAUGACGACUCGCGCCGCCCAGGUUACAUCUGGUACUGCCAAGCUCAGGAGCUAGUGAAUAACAAGGACGUGACGAUGAUAGGAUUCGACCUGGCGCCAAUCCAACUUCUGAUCCUACAGGCCCUGUUCCAGUGCCAUAGCGCCAACAUCGCCUCGGCCGAGCAGUAUUCAAUGCGACUGGAAGACUUCACCAUGGUUCAGCCAGCAGCCCUGGAUGACCGCGAAGUUAUUCCCGACGAGCCUCUACCGCGUCCCACCGAGAGGAGCGCUCUUCAGCCGUACCUCACGCAGUUUGUCGAGUCUGGAGUGUACGCUGGAGAGGCAUGGGAUUCGGUCAUGGCUGCGAAUGCGCCUUCUCUCGGUCGUUCGGCAGCGGCUGACCUCAUGGAUGCACGGCUGGUGCAAUGGCUGAAAGACUUUGGGCCGUCGGCCACCGCUACAACGACCGACACCCAACGUCAGCAGCGGUUUAUCCUGCGAACAAUGUGUUUGGCACUUCGAAUCAUGCUGCAACUGCGACACAUUGUUACCCUGUCAUAUGACAACCAAUGUGGAGAGUUGUGCGGAACAGUGGCUUGUGAGCUCGUCACGGAGGUGUACGAGGCCACUUUGCUGCCCACAUGGAGCACGAGUUAUUACCUCAAAGCGCAUGUCGCCUCCAUCAUUCUUUCGUCCACCAUCGUGCUUUCCAUCCUCGUCAUUCGUCGUCGGGCAUCUGAAAGGCAACACAACUACGAGCUAUGCUUGCAACGAGCGGUCAAGAUUGUCAACGAUAUUGCGGCGACGCUGUCGAUCGGCGCAUUCUCUCAAGGCUACUUGGCUGGUCUCGUUCGUCUGGCCACCUCGAGCAUGUCAGGCAAGUCUCCACAUGACGUCGGAGCAGCAUCGGUAGAUGAUCUGGAAGACCUCCUUGCGGCUGAGAUGGCCAAAAUAACGACCUUGGGUGAUACCGAUGCUCCAGGCCUUCUCAAUGUCCAUUCCUUCAUCCGUGUUUCGCCAGACAUACCACUGGAGUUGGACGAGUUUUCAUGGGACUGGCUGUUCGACACAUUUACUCAAGAAGGCUUAGCAUAA